AUGCUCAAUGUUGUUUUUCCAGCCCGCCAUUCAUUGACCCGUGGGGUAACAACCAUGGCUGCUAUGGCGUCAAGUGGCCGCUCUCAGAAGGGAGAAGGUGACAUUUCUGCCGUAUUUGCCUCGCUGCGUCCCGACGACGCUGUUCAUGCAUUUCCACCGCGGUUUGCUGAUCUCAAACGAGCCAUCUGGGAGAAGAGCACAGGAAGCCUUGAGCAGAGUUGGAAGGAGGUUCUGGGAGAACUUGAACUGGAGACGAAACACAUCAGAGAAAGUGGCGAACAAAUGAUUCCGCAAAUCUCAAUAGACGCCAUUCAUCGAGGACUGAGCGCGGAAGAGUCGAUCAAGAUUCGAGAAGCUGGAUGUGUUGUAGUGAAAGGUGCUGUCUCCCAAAAGAUAGCACUUGAAUGGAAGCUCGCUAUCCAGCAGUAUGCUGCCGUGAACGCGGACAAAGUCAAAGGUUUUCCCGCCGACAAGAUUCAAGUCUACGAGCUUUACAACACUGUCAGUCAAAUGCAAGCGCGUACCCACCCCAAUAUUCUUGCUACUCAACGAGCUUUACUUUCCCUUUGGCACACUUCCUCUGACGACAUCCGUCUUGACGCACCCAUCUCAUACUUUGACCGCCUUCGCAUCCGGUUUCCGGGAGACAUGAAAUUCGCGUUGGGUCCCCAUGCGGACGCUGGCUCCAUUGAGCGCUGGGAGGACCUCGAAUAUCGCAAAUGUUUUAGCAAAAUUCUUGACGGCGGUAGUUCAUGGAGGAAUUACGAUCCGUACUUUGCAACGCCAAGAGUCAACGCCAAGCAGGACCUAUAUCAUGCGCCAAAUCAAUGCUCAAUUUUCCGGCCGUGGCAAGGCUGGACAUCAAUGUCUAAUACUGGACCAGGACAGGGCACCCUUCAACUUCUCCCUUCCCUUCGUCUUGCAACAGCGUAUUGGAUUCUGCGACCUUUCUUCCGCCCACGUGAUCCGACUUCGCCCUCGCUCAAGUUCGAGAAUUGGAAUGUGCCAGAUGUCGAUAACCCGAACUUUGUGGGUGCAGGCAUGGGAACGGGACUGGAGCUCAACAACAUAACACAUCCUCAUCUCAAGUUGGCCGAAACCAUGGUCAGUGUACCAAUGGUGGAGCCCGGCGACCAAGUCUAUUGGCAUUGUGAUAUGAUUCAUGCGGUUGAAGCUCGUCAUGGAGGGGUACAAGAUUCUUCCGUGUUGUACAUUCCCGCCGUUCCUCUCACUGCCGACAAUGCUCAUUACCUUCGCGACCAGCGCAACAACUUCUUGGCCGGUCUCCCUGCUCCUGAUUUUCCUGGCGGCUCUGGUGAAUCGGACUUUGUCGGAAGAGCAACCGAAGGAGAUGUUCAUCCCCAAGCCGAGAGUCAGCAGGCAAUGGGGUUCCGGCCGUUCGUUGGGAACGGCCAGCUACUGCGCGAGGCAAAUGCGAUUUUAGGAUACUCUUGA